GGCGAUCACGUAAUUCAAAUGAAAUAUCAAAUAUGUCAAGUAAAUGCGAUUUUCACCAUCUUUUUUUUUUAUUUAUAAUUUUCUCCGACAGCCCUUCCCAGGCGGAUACCGUAUCACUACAAACCAAAGCCUAAUUGCUUACCUGAGAAACUACGGAAUGAUACAAUCAGUACAAGUGGAACGAACAAUGGAAACAAUAGACAGGGCUUUGUUUGUACGCCGGGGCUCAUUCCCCUACAUCGACACGCAUCACCAAAUCGGCCAAAAUUCGUAUAUUUCUGCACCUACCCGACAUGCUGCAUUCCGUGAGUUCUUAAGGGACCAUUGGAGGCCUGGUAUGCGCGCUCUCGAUAUUGGCUCAGGAUCGGGAUAUAUCACUGCUUGUUUUGCCUUUAUGGUGGGACCAACCGGGUGUGCCGUUGGUGUGGAAAGGGAUCCUGAAGUGGUUGAUUUUUCGAUUGAAAAUAUCAGGAGUAGUGCCGCUGCUGAACUACUUGAAAACGGAUCUCUCUCGGUCAACUUCGGUGACGGUAGGAAUGGAUGGGAGGAUUGCGCGCCAUACGAUGCAAUUCAUUUUGGAGAUGUUGCGGACGAAAUAUAUCCACAACUUGUUAGGCAAUUGAGACCUGGGGGUAGAUUAGUGAUAACCGUGUGGGCCCCCCGCCCCCCCUCCACAAGAGUGAUAGUCAUCGAUAAGAAUGUUGACGGCACUUUAACUCGAGCAUUUCCUCGUUUUGACCCGAUUCACUGAUGGAUCGAAUAUCCCGUUUUCGCAUCAUUUUUUGCUGUUUUUUCUUUUGGCUGUUAACAGGCUUCUCAUGUUUACUUGCUAUGAAAGCAACUCUUUUCGUGUUUACUGUUGGUAGUAGUACAGGGUGGACUCUGAGUAGAUUUUUUCGACUUGCGACUAUUUCAAAUUCGAAUUCAAUUCCAACUAUUUCAAAUUCGAUAAUAGGAGUGUAUCACUAGCCAAAAAUAAUAAUAUGCAACAAUAUUCAAUAAUCAUCAUCAUGCAAUCAAUGUAAAAUACUAAUAAUUUGCCAAAUCUGCUCGCGUUCGAAUU